CCACGUGUCUCUGUAUGUAGCUGCUAGCUGGUACGCUUAGCAACCAAGAGACAUGGCCACAUCAGACAGGAUUUUUUACGUUAGCUAGCUAGCUACCUGAAGUAUUUAACAUAGUAAAGCUACUGACAUACGUGAAUGAAAUAAACGCAGGGAAUUGUGAAGUCUGCAGAGUGUUUUGUUCACUGAGCCUUACUGUGGCCUUAGUUUGCAUUCCCGGAGGUCCGCUGCUGAUCUGUGACUUCUCCCCCAGCACACUCCCCUCACUAUGGCCAGCGGGGAGGAAGAUGACCCGAUCAUACAAGAGAUUGAUGUAUACCUUGCUAAAAGCCUUGUUGACAAGCUCUAUCUGUUCCAGUAUCCAGUACGCCCUUCCUCUAUGACCUAUGAUGAUGUCACCCAUCUAUCCGCCAAGAUCAAGCCCAAGCAGCAGAAGGUUGAGUUGGAGAUGGCUAUUAACACUCUGAGUCCUAACUACUGUCGGAGUAAAGGAGAGCAGAUAGCACUCAAUGUGGAUGGAACUGCCUCUGAGGACUCUAAUACCUACUCUGUGAAGAUGAUGGACAAGCAGACAUUCACAUCUAUCCAGUCCACGACCAACACCUCCAGAUACGCUGCUGCCAUCUUCAGGCAAGGGGAGCUCCAUGUCACGCCCCUGCAAGGCAUCCUCCAGAUGCGACCCAGCUUCUCCUAUCUGGACAAGGCUGACAGCAAACACAGAGAAAGGGAGGCGGCUAAUGAAGGGGGAGACUCCUCUCAGGAUGAGGCAGAGGAAGACGUCAAGGCGGUCACUGUGAGGUUUUCCCGGCCAGAGUCGGAACAGGCCCGUCAGAGACGUAUCCAGUCGUACGACUUCCUUCAGAAGAAACAUGCAGAAGAGCCCUGGGUCCACCUGCACUACCACAGCAUCAAUGACGGGCGUUCAGACCAUGAGAGGCAAUACCUUUACUGCCAAUCAAUGGGAGGCUCUGAGAACACAGAACUGGUGAAAACACCUAAGGAGUACCUGGCCAUGCUCAUGCCUCCUAUAGCAGAGGAGAAGAUUGAGAAGCCUGCAGGUCCCAGUAAUGUGCUGUCCAUGGCCCAGCUCCGGACACUGCCUCUGGGUGACCAGGUCAAGACACUGAUGAAGAAUGUCAAGGUGAUGCCAUUUGCCAACCUGAUGGGUUUGCUGACACCGGGGACCGACUCCACGGCAGUGCUGCGCUGUAUCCAGCAGGUGGCGCUACUGGUGCAGGGGAACUGGGUGGUGAAGAGUGACGUGCUGUAUCCUAAGAACAGCUGCAGUCCUCAUAGUGGCGUGCCUGCCGAGGUGCUCUGUCGAGGAAGAGACUUUGUGAUGUGGAGGUUCACUCAUGAGCGCUCAGUGAUGAGGAAGGAGAUAGCAGGGAUCAUCAAGCUCCCUCCAGAGGAUGUGAAGGACUUCCUGGAACACAUGGCGGUGCCUCGUAUCAAUCGGGGCUGGGAGUUUCUGUUGCCAAGUGACAGUGAUUUCAUCAGGAAGCACCCUGAUGUGGCCCAGAGGCAGCAAAUGUUGUGGCUAGGGAUACAGAGCAAAUUAGAGAAGGUCUUUAACUUCUCCAAGGAGGACCUGGCACCCAAAAAGGACCAACCCAGAGAAGUUGUGCACAUGAGUGGCGAGCAACGUUUAAAGGCUGCCCGUGAGCGUGCACGACAGAACCCGCCCUCUGUUCAGAAGGACCUGAGAGCUCCUCCACAGGGACAAGCUGGAGACUGUGUUAGCACUGGAACCGGAGUUCGGGUCAAAGAGGAACCGGUCAGCGACGCAGAAGACGAACCCAUGGACACAUCUUCUGCCGCUCUUGCUAACGGCUCCAUUAACGGUUACCCCUCCUCCGCCACCUCCUCUCCUACUUCAGACCCUCAUAACGGCCACGCCGGGACACCCGCCCCCUCGCCUUCCCCGGAGUUGAGAGACUUUGUCUGGAACACGUUCAGGAAGCACUAUGUGCUCACUCUGAGUGAAGUUAAGAGGCUUUUCAAUCUCCACUUGGCCUCCCUGCCCCCUGGACACAGUCUUUUCCACACAGUCUCUGACCGCCUGCUGCAGGAUACCAUACUGAUGAGCCACUGCAAACAGAUACUGGUGCCUUUUCCUGCCCAGAGCAAGGCAGCUGCUGAUGAGCAGAAAGUGUUUGCUGUGUGGGAGACGGGAGAGACUUUUGACAAGCAUCGUCAGGUCCUGUAUGAGAUCUUCACAAAGAGCUACCGUGUAAGGAGGAAUGCGAUCCAGGCUAAGCUGACGCACGAGCUCGGAGACCAGUCCACCAAGGCCGACAUGGACCGCCUGCUCAAGGAGUGCUGUGUGAGUAUUGGAGGGAUGUGGUACCUGAAAGGUACACUACAGUCCUGACCAUGUUGAGGACACUCCUGCAGCCCCUGUCAUCCAACUAAACCCACACCCCCAGAGCCUAGUGGGAGGGUUCUGCACCGGGAGGUGGGGCAGCUGGACAAACAAACCAAUCACAGCUCUCCUGCUCCCAGCUCUGAGGACCAGGAUGGGAGAAUUGAGAUGUCCAUCAUACGCUCUGAUUUUGAACAUAAUGGUUGUUCUUAAUGCAACUUUGAGUUCAAUUCUGAGCCUGGCCCGAACAGAAGUGGGUCUAUUGGACAGAAUGCCUUCCAUAUUCAUGCUAAGAGCAGGAGCAUAGGACGUGUCUGCACACGAGGGAGACAAUACAGACAAAUUAGGAGGAAAUGUACUAUGCCAUGGGGUUUUUGUUGCAACUAACAAAACGUUUUAGUUGGCAGAAUAAAUACACCCUAGUAUUUCCCCACACAGUCCUUGAGUACCAAUCAGAACUGCAAAUGUUUUGCUCUAGUCCUGAACCGGUGCACAAGAUUCAAAUGUGAUUUGGCCAGUAAAGGGCUGAGCACAACCGCAGAGGUACUCGAAGAAUGCAUUGGGGAACACUAUUGCUAUAAAUAUGCUGUCGAGAAAAUAGACCUAUUUUCAAUUCAUGAAGUGAUCCUUAAUAAUUUUGUUAAAUAUAUUUUACCAUACUGUGGGUAGUGUUCACUAAGGAAGCGAGUGUGUACAGUUCAGUCCUAUGAUUUUAUGACAGUGGCCUUUGGGGAAAAACAUUUAACAGAUCCAUUUGAAUAAAUUUACAGUUCACUUCCCCCCCCUAAAUUGAAGGCCUUAACUAGGGUAGCACAUUGCAAGUUUGAGUUUUCUUUCCAGUUCUUUUUACUCUCUUUACUAUUUCAGAAGGGAGGAGCUAUACGUUUAGUUCAGCAUUCUAUCAUAUGUCUGUGAUACAGGCCACACGGAGCAGGACAACCAGCAUUAUGUGAGGGUUUUUGAACAGCUCGUGUUGUGCAGCUAUCAAUCAAUAGCUGUGAUCAACAUUCUCUACUCACAUAUAGCUAGAUGUUAAAUUCUCCCGGUUGUGAGAAUUAAAAGCAGUAACUAGUGAGCUGGGGAUAAUUAUUAUACAGGAGUGAAUUACUGUUGACGUAAAUGCCAUCAUUUAAAACAAAAUACAGUUUAAUCGAAACUUUUUUUUUUGUGUAAAUCCAUCAAACUGUAAAGCCAAAGUUUUAUCACGAGUUGGGGUGAAUGUUAUUUUGAAAGGACCUUUCACACAUUCAUUUUAUAUUCAACACCGAUACAUUGAGAAAGUAAGUGGUUAUGGCCAAAGAAGGCCGGUUUCGAGGUGCAGAGCAGCACUUAGUGGAUUAUCAUGGAACAUGUUAAUAAACAAUUGAGAAUGUCACCAUUGGUUUGCUGUCAUUGAAUGUUUACACUUUGGGAAAAGAGGAUUGAGAGAUUAGUGUAUUUAAAAUAAUGUUUUAAUGUUUACAGAUUUCUAUUAAAUAUGACCUGUAACUGCUU